AUGUGGUGGCCAUCAAACCUUGUUCAAGUCUCUCUUUUCAAAGCACUGCAUCUUAAGGAGAAGAGAAAGAAGGGAAGUCUAACAAGGUUUCAGUUCUUCAUAUUAGUCUUCAUUGGAAGCUUUGCUUACUAUGCCUUCCCAGGCUUCCUCUUUCCGGCCAUCUCAAGCAUCUCUGUUCUUUGUUUAGUAUAUAAAAAUUCCAUCACCAUGCAGCAGCUUGGAUCUGGACUAAAUGGGCUUGGCAUUGGAUCCUUUGGUCUCGAUUGGUCAACCGUUGCCGGCUUCCUCGGAAGCCCGUUGGCCACACCUGCAACUGCAAUUUUCAAUAUAAUGAUAAGCUUCUUCUUAGUGGUUUAUGUGCUUCUUCCACUAGCAUAUUGGACUAACAUUUACAAUGCCAAACGCUACCCAUUGAUCUCGGCUAAUGUUUAUGACUCUUUUGGCCAACCCUAUAACACAACAAGAAUCAUCAAUGAUAGGAGCUUCACUCUAAAUGUUCAAGAAGAAGAGAAUUAUAGCAAGUUGAACAUAACUGCUGCUUUUGCUUUGGUUUAUUGCAUGAGCUUUGCUAGCUUAACGGCUACAAUCAUGCAUGUUGCUCUCCAUCAUGGAAAGGAUAUUUGGAGGAUGUGGAAAAAUUCAAAAGAAUAUGCUAAGGAGAAGAUGGAGGAUGUUCAUACCAGAUUGAUGAAGAGAAAUUAUGAGCAAGUACCUCAAUGGUGGUUUAUUUUGCUCUUAGUUGUGGUCAUUGGACUCUCCAUGUUUACUUGCCUAGGAUUUGAUAGACAACUGCAACUUCCAUGGUGGGGGGUAUUAUUGGCUGCCACUAUGGCUAUGUUAUUCACAUUACCUAUUGGAGUCAUCGUGGCAACGACAAAUCAGGCACCAGGGCUAAGUGUUCUUUCUGAGUACAUCCUCGGCUUAAUGUUACCAGGAAAGCCUCUAGCAAAUGUGACGUUCAAACUAUAUGGCACAAUAAGCUUGUGGCAGGCACUCACACUUCUUAGUGAUUUAAAUCUGGGCCAGUAUAUGAAAAUACCCCCGAAGUCCAUGUUCAUCACACAGUUUACAGGCAGUGUGAUAGCAGCUUCUAUUUCCUACGGAACAGCAUGGCUGCUUCUUGAUACUGUGGAGCACAUAUGUGACCCAAGUAAACUUCCACCAGGGAGCCCGUGGACUUGCCCUGGUAGUGAUGUUUUCUACAAUGCAUCCAUCAUUUGGGGCCUUGUUGGACCAAAGAGAAUGUUUGGCAAGCUUGGACACUACUCAGCUUUGAACUUCUUCUUCCUUAUAGGCUUUUUGCUACCCAUCCCAUUUUGGUUGCUUGCAAAAGCCUUACCUCAAAACAAGUGGUUUAAGUACAUUCACAUUCCCUUACUCAUCUCAGGUGGAUCUGGUGUUCCACCAAUACACUCAGUGAACUAUACAAUGUGGGGUGCGGUUGGAAUUUUCUUCAACCAUUAUAUUUACAAAAGGCAUAAGGAAUGGUGGGCAAGGCACACCUAUGUAAUGUCUGCUGCUUUAGAUGCUGGAGUAGCUUUCAUGGGAAUACUGAUCUUUUUUGCCCUACAAUCACAUAACAUCUUUGGAAUUAAUUGGUGGGGAGGUGCAGCAGAAGAUUAUUGCCCACUUGCAACUUGCCCUACAGCCCCUGGAGUUGUAAUUAAAAGUUGCCCAGUGUUGUAA